CGAUACACUUCGCUAACAAAGAGAAGCAACGUCUAAAACGGUAAUAUUAUUAGAAUGGAACACAAAAAAGUUAUAUUAGCGAGGUCGUUCGAUACGCUGUCUGCACCGUCAUAGUAGGUAUAGACGGUUGCAAGGAAACCCAGGUCUCUGGGGGCAUUAUCUUAUAUCAGUUACUGUUUUAAGACAAGGGUGAUCCUGCACAUGCGCUCUAGUCGUCAUUGAUUUUUCUCACUUUGACAGUUCUGUCGAUGUUUUGAGCUACCACCCGCGUAUUGAAAACAAAGUAAACAAAAAAUAUGGCUUUAGACUUUUCUGCUACGUAUAAGUUAUUAGUUCUGGGUGAUUCGAAUGUUGGAAAAACUUGUAUUGUGCACAGAUAUUGUGAUGAAAGAUAUUACGAUAUAUACAUAUCUACAAUAGGCAUAGACUUCAAACAAAAAAUAAUAAAUCUGGAUGGAGUUCCCAUCAAACUUCAAAUAUGGGAUACAGCUGGCCAAGAAAGAUUUCGAACUUUAACUACAGCUUACUAUAGAGGCGCCAUGGGAAUUAUACUCAUGUAUGAUAUUACUAAUUUGGAAUCAUUUAACCAUUUGUCAUACUGGUUAAGAAACAUUCAAGAAUAUGCUUCUCCAGAUGUUAUCAAAGUUCUAGUUGGCAAUAAAUGUGACGUGCACGAAAACCAUCGCGCCGUGCCCAAGGAAAGGGGUCAAAAGAUUGCUGAUGAUUUCGAAAUGCCAUUCUUCGAAGUAUCUUGUAAAAGCAAUAUUAACAUCGAGGAAGCAUUUGUGACUUUAGCCAGAAAAAUACGAGAGUACCGAGAAACUAAGGCUGACGCAUUCGAGCUGAAGGAAAGAGACAACGUGAUAAAACCAUCUGAAUCCGAAACAGACGUGUCAAAAUGUAGUUGUUAGCCUAAUAUAUUUCUUACAAUUUGAUAAAUUAAUUCAUAUAGCAACAGA